AAUUUUAUUUUAGGCUGUAGAUCUUGCAAUAGAUGAAAGUAGUUUUACAGGGGAAACAGAACCAGCUAAUAAAGUUACACAUGCUUUAGAAAAUGCAAAUGGUAUUUCAAGUAGACAGAAUAUUGCUUUUAUGGGAACCUUAGUAAGAUGUGGAAAUGGAAAGGGUAUUGUGAUAAGUACAGGUGAAAGUUCUGAAUUUGGUGAAGUUUUUAAAAUGAUGCAGGCUGAAGAGGCUCCAAAAACACCAUUACAGAAAAGCAUGGAUUCUUUGGGCAAACAGUUAUCAUUAUAUUCUUUUGGUAUAAUUGGUUUAAUUAUGAUUAUAGGAUGGGUUCAAGGCAGACCAAUAAUGGAAAUGUUUAAUAUUGGUGUUAGUUUAGCAGUUGCAGCAAUUCCUGAAGGUUUACCUAUUGUUGUUACUGUGACAUUAGCAUUAGGAGUAAUGAGAAUGGCAAAACGUAAAGCAAUUGUCAAAAAAUUACCGACAGUUGAAACUUUAGGCUGUGUAAAUGUAGUUUGUUCUGAUAAAACUGGAACUUUAACAAAGAAUGAAAUGACUGUCACAAAUAUUAUUACAUCUGAGUUAUAUCAUGCAGAAGUUACAGGUGUUGGUUAUAAUAAUGAUGGUCAUAUACUUUUGGUUGACUCAGGAAAUAGUGAUCUUCAACUUAAUUCAAUUCGCUUACUAUUAAAAGUUGGUUGCAUAUGUAACAAUGCUGAUAUUGUUAAUGGACAACUCAGAGGACAACCGACCGAAGGUGCUUUAAUUGCAGCUGCACAAAAAAUGGAUUUAUUUGGAAUUAGAGAACAGUAUUAUAGAAAAAAAGAAUAUCCAUUUAGUUCUGAACAAAAAAUAAUGAUUGUAAAAUGUUCAUCAAAGUUUGGAAUGCAAGAAGAUAUGUUCUAUGUUAAAGGAGCUUUAGAAAAAUUACUACCUCGUUGCACACAUUUCAGUGAAAAUGGUACAAUUGUUUCUAUGACAAAAGAUCAAGAGAUGCAAAUUCUAAAAGAAGCUCAGUUUAUGGGAAGAAAAGGAUUAAGAGUUUUAUCAAUGGCUUAUGGAUCAUCUUUGGAAUCACUUAUUUUUGUGGGACUAGUUGGAAUACUAGAUCCUCCAAGGCCUGGAGUUGCUGAAUCCAUUCAUACACUUAAUGGAAGUGGUGUUGCAAUCAAAAUGCUAACAGGAGAUGCUGAAGAAACUGCAUGUGCCAUAGCUACAAGACUAGGAUUAUAUGCUGUUGGAAAUAUUGCACUUUCUGGAGAGCAGAUGGAUAAUAUGAAGGAGGAAGAAUUACAAAGAAUAAUAAAUUCUGUUACAAUAUUUUACAGAGUUGGUCCUGGUCAUAAACUUCGAAUAGUCAAGGCAUUACAAAAAAAUAAUGCCGUUGUUGGCAUGACUGGUGAUGGAGUCAACGAUGGUGUAGCCUUAAAGAAAGCAGAUAUUGGAAUUGCAAUGGGAAAGAAUGGGACAGAUGUUUGUAAAGAAGCAGCAGAUAUGAUUUUGGUAGAUGAUGAUUUUUUCACAAUCAUGUCAGCAAUAGAGGAAGGAAAAGGAAUCUUUUAUAAUAUUCGCAACUUUGUUCGGUUUCAACUGAGCACGAGUAUAGCGGCAUUAUCUCUGGUUGCAAUAUCCACUUUUAUGCAUAUUCCAAAUCCGUUAAAUGCCAUGCAGAUAUUAUGGAUUAACAUUAUUAUGGACGGCCCUCCGGCACAAAGUUUGGGAGUAGAACCCGUUGAUCACGACGUACUGAAACAGCCGCCUCGUGACGUAAAGCAACCGAUGAUUAAUCGCGAACUCAUUUUCAAUGUAAUUUUAUCAUCUCUUAUCAUCAUAACUGGUACAUUCUGGGUUUUUCGAAGAGAGAUGAGUGACAAUAAAAUUACACCAAGAGAUACAACAAUGACAUUUACUUGUUUUGUUCUCUUUGACAUGUUCAAUGCUCUUAGCUGUAGAUCUCAGACAAAAUCUGUUUUCACUAUUGGCCUUUUUAGUAACAAAAUGUUCCUUCUAGCUGUAACUGGUUCUGUCAUUGGACAGUUGUUGGUCAUUUACUUUCCUCCUUUACAGCAAAUAUUUCAAACCGAGGCCUUACCUGUGACUGAUGUUCUGAUAUUGGUAGCGAUAGCCUCGUCGGUGUUGGUGGUUUCCGAACUGAAGAAGCUGUUAGAAAGAAUUAUCUCCAAGAGGCGCAAAGCAAAACAGUUCUUUGACGAUGAUUUUGUCUGAAAUUUUGCAGAUCGAACUUUUUUGGCACCAAUUGGUCGUUGGCAUUUCUUUCGAUUUCAAUGCGAUGAUUCAAUGCUUUAAGCAGAGUCAAAAAAAAAAAAAAAAUUAUCCUUUUUACAACCAAAGCCGUACACCAAUUUUGGAACGACUUAAAUCGUGGUCCAAGAUAAAAAGAACAAUCGGAGA